UUAUUAAAUGCCAUCGAGCGCGUGGUUUAGCGCGUGUUGCAGCGCAUGGCAUUGUUUACAAGUUUACGACUUGCGAGUUGGACGAGUGGUGGCCGUGGCUUGGCCGUGGCGUUGUUUGCUUGGUGCACCGUUUGAUUGACAGCAGCAACUGGAGCUCUAAGUCCAUCUAUUACGAUGGCCUGUCUGGAAUCAUCAUUUUACCAGGACCACCGAUCACCGGCUCACAUCACACCGUUGCCGGGCGCGCUGGACUGCGUGGACGAGGAGCUGCUGCGCACCUACGUGGCGUGCGUGGACGGCGACCGGUGCCAGCGGACGCAGCAGCUGCUGGCAGAGGACUGCGAGCUCGACUGGUUCGGAGUGCUGCUGCAGGGCCGCGGCCGGGUCAUGUCGUUCCUGCAGUGCGAGCUGCCCGUCACACACCACGAGUACAGCCGCGCCGAACGGGUGCCGCACAUCUGCAGACGGGUGCGGAAGCGGGCGCCGGCGCGCGACGAGGCCGACGGUGACGACGCGUCGCUGACGGCCGGCCUGCUGGCGCUGAGUCUGCUGGCGCCACCGGCCGGCGGCGGCGGCGGCGGCGGCGGCACGGGCCACUCGCGUCACUCGUCCAUGUCGGCCGGCUCUGACUCCACGUUCAGUCUGUGCAGCAGCUACGACAGCUCGCAGCUCGAGGAGAGCGAGUUCGGUCCGAUGCGACUGCUGCGCCUGUCCGGAGCGCUGGCCUUCGACGGACCCUGGGCCGACAGGGACACCGUGGAAGACGGCGACGCCACGAUGCCGCCGCCGCCGCCCGAGGCCAAGUGGCGCCGGCGGAUGCGGCUCAGCCUGGCCUACACCAGCGCGCCGUUCCGGAUCCACAAGAUCUACUACGAGGAGAACACCAAGGCGCGGCGCUCGCUCAACUUCUAGCCGCCGCCGAGUGGCCGCCCUGACCGGGGCAGCCGCGAUGGGGACGGCCGCCGUGCCACCGGGACAGGUGGGGGCCGCCGCUGACGGGUAGGAUUGCCUGCAGUCGGGCCUUCACUGCCGCCGCACCGGACUGAUAAGACACCCCCGCUGCAGCGUCCCGUAGCCACCUAGGGAUUCCCACUUCAAACGCAUCGUCAUCUGUACAUAGCUCACGUUCAUCUUUCCAUGUUACUAUUCUUGUUUCGAUUUUUGUAUUACGUUUAAUUAACUUAUUUAUUAACUUAUUUAUAUAUUUAUCACACUGUAUUUGUUGUGGAUUGUUUUGUAGCAGUGUUUCGAUUUCGUGUAGUUUUUCUAUAGUAUCUAUCGCUGGUCAUAUCAUUGGUGUGCAAUAGAGUACCUACCGGCCGGAUGCUACAAUCUACCUGUUCAUAAACAGAACAAUUUACAGUGAUCAUACGUGUGCUUCAUAUUUGAUAUUUCCGCAACAUUUUUUUCUCAUUUUAUUACUUGCGCAAUGCGCAUUGUUGUGUUGUUAUUGUUAUGUUCUUCCUGAAGCAUUAUUUAUCAAAAGUGUGAGUGUUACUCGUUUCGACUUUCGAGCAGCCUGUGCUGUUGCCGACGCGUUUCAUUAUAAGUUCCUCGGCUGUCGUAUGACUUUUAUUCAUAGAACCGUUUCAACUUGCAUAAAUAUGUUGUGUUUGAAAUUGCUGGUUGUUUUCUAUAGAGUACAAUUUCGGCGACUGCUGGUCAUCCGUAUUAUUUGCCCGCUGUUUGUUUUAUGAGUGCAUCGUAAUUCAGCUUCCAUAUUUAGUUGUUACUUUCCAUUGCCCCGCAAUUUGUUUGUUGUUGGUAUAUUGUGAAGUGUGAAAUUGUCCCAAAGUGCUCUCUCAGUGACACAUUUCGCACUGAAAAGCUAUGGUUGCGUCUCAUACAGUUACGGAAUAUGGAUAAGCUACACUUAGCUUUUGAUAUCAAAUAGAACAUUUACGAAUAUUUAUCUCACCUUUCUCGAAGACGUUUGAUGCCACUGGCGGCCUGGCCGCAUUGACUUCGUGCAAUACACGUUUUUAUGACUUGUAA